AUGGAGCUGAAUCUGGUGCAGAGGUUGUUAUUAAUAGGGAUAUUAAUCUCUGAAACAUGGACCCAAGCAAGAUCAGGACCCAUGAGUUCAGAGUGCUUGGGGAAUCUUUUGCGUAUAACACUGAGUGCAGAAUACUUCAAGGACAAAUACUUAUCUUUUUCCGUGGUUGAUCAAUCUGGCAUAGCCUGGGAGCUAGAUGAGGCCACGGCAUCACAGUGUGGCUACACAGUAACUUACAACAAUCGGAGUAACAUUGAGUUUCGUGCUUCUGUGCUAAGCUGCCAUUCUCACUUAGAGCAAGAUGUGUUCACGGUAACUAUACAAAUCAAAGCAUCGCAUACUCCUGAUAUGAAAAAUGCUGCAGCUUAUCUGAAAAGUGCAAGUUGCCAUUAUGGCCUAUGGAGUCCAAGAGAGAUAGUAUGUGAAAGUAACUACAUGGAGGUUUCUGUCAGGAGGGAUGUUCCGCAGACUGAAAAAGACUUUAUUCAAGAUGAACCUGAGGACUGGACUCUCACCUUUCCAGAGGCAAAAGCAGGAGAAACCUCAAUAUGGCAAAUAGUGUUUCAUCAACCAGAAGAAAAAAGGGCUCUGCUUGUGACUGAUGCUUGGAGUGCAGGCUAUGGACUCAACACUACAGACACCAGGGUUCUGCUGCGAAUACCAUACGCUGCUGCGCAAAUUCAGCUGGUUGAGGCUCAGGGAAUUACCUUUUCUGCAGUGAGAUCAAGUACAUUUUACAAACAGCGAUGGAUGAUCCUGGUAGUGGAUACUGCUGUGGCGUGUCCUGUAGAUGGUGUAGACUACGCUAACAAAACAAUCAUUUGGACUGUUCCAAAAUAUGUUCAACCACUCUCUGCUGGAGCAACUAACUUUAAGGAUGUACUUGUUGAAGCUGGUGUGGAUCUACACAAACUCUCUGCCAAGGAAAUGGCUGCGAGGAAAUAUGUGUUAUUGAAUGACUUAAAUGCAAUUGCAGUGAAGAUACCAAUAGGUGCAGAAGGUGGCUAUUACAAGACUUCUGUGACCAGUGGACAGCAUGGGGCAAAAUACACCAUCAACCUGUUCUUGGAACAUCAGUGGGAAGAUAACAAAUGGGGACUAACCAAACAAACGAUUGUCAAGGAAAUAGAAACACCAUUUGAACACGUAGAACUUGGUAUAACCAACAACUCAAAUCUGAGUGCAAGGCUAAUGAAUGUGUCAGUGGGAACGUUCCUCCCAGAUGUGGAGCUUGUGAACUUAACCAUUGAGGGAGAAACUGUUGCUGUACCUGAAGCUGUUCAGCAUGGAUACCUAACAUAUGACAUCAGAUAUGCUAAUGGAAGCAAAGCCUAUGUAAUGCAAGUCCCAUUUGAUGCUCCAAGCAUUAAGAAAGAGUACGUGACAGCUGACACAAGAGCGUACACCCUGAAUGUUACACUUGUAUUCAUAACUCAUCCGACAAGGGAGACCUUUGCUGUCCCUGUCAUAACAGUGUCCACUGUUAAAGAUGCAGUAUUGCCCAGCGCAAGAGGAUUUUGUGAUGGGAGGAACCUUCAUCUCAUUAUCACUCAUGGGAAUGUGGACCAAAACUGGCUACCUUUCAUCUCGGGCUGGCACCUGACCCCAGAGGCUGCACAGAAGUACAAUUACAGCCUGAGGGACAAUGGCACUCACCUGGCUAUCUCUGUCCCUUUCCUUUCUUCCCAUGUGAACUAUGAGGAUUUUCAGACCUCUGGAGUAAAGGCUUCGCUCCACUUAAGCCUGAAAGAUGGCAUCACCUUGGCUAAUAGGAGGGACUUCUCGGUUUCCUGCAGAUUUUCACCUUCAGAGCUAAUACAGUGCCUGCCCAAUGGCACUGUGGUUAUUACUGCAGUAAAAAUGGUAGGAAUUGCAGACCUGGACACCAGCCUUCUUGUGUUAAGGGACAGACAGUGCAAACCCAGUCUAGUGACAGAGAAGACUGCAACCUUCAAGUUCAAUGUGAACACUUGUGGAACAAGUAGAAAGUUCAAUAGCACAACUAUGACAUAUGAAAAUGAUGUACUCUACUUUAGACCUGGCAAUGAUGCACCAGUAUACCAAUUGAAAUUUGUGUGCUCGUAUGCAAUCAAGCAGACUGUUGAUGUGCGAUAUGAAUCUAAGAAGAACCCACCACCCAGUAUUAAGCCAGGGUUUGGCUCUCUUGCUCUUUCACUGAAGCUUUUUAAAGACAAAUCCUAUUCAGAUCCCUAUCAGGAAUCGGAAUAUCCUGUGGUAAAAUACCUGAGAGAGGCACUGUAUUUUGAAGUUGAACUGCUCCAGCCUGAAGAUGCGAGACUGGAACUAAACCUGCAUGACUGUUGGGCUACAAACUCCCAAAGCCAGGACAGCCUUCCACAGUGGCCUAUCCUAAUAAACGGGUGUGAAAACAGUGAAGACUCCUACAGAACAGUCUUCCAUGAAGUUAACUAUAGUCUAAGAGUAAAAUUUCCUCAGCACCUAAAGAGAUUUGAAGUGAGGAUGUUCACCUUUGUACAAGGCACAACUCUGUUACAAGAGCAGCUGUAUUUCCACUGCAGUGUGGUGAUCUGCAGCACUAUGCAACGGCUGUCAGGCUUCCUUUGCUCAAGGAGAUGCAAUCCUGGGAAACACCGACUUGACCGCAGUGCAGAACCACGUCCACAUGGGCAAGUGUCAUCUGGAGCAGUGCUUGUUAGGAAAGAAAACAACUAUCAGAGGUGA